ACGCUAAUAAAUAAGGUGAGUGAGAGUGUGUAUGUGGUGAUUGAAGGUGAAGGUAGGUUGCUUUCAAGUAUCUUGCAUGAAGGUAGAGAGAGUAGAUCGUACAUGAAUUCCGGAAGAAGUAUAUCGUUCGCACAGCUGCGAGUCACAAGAAUCCCAAUGCUUCCUUUUUCGGUACAGCAGAUUCCCAAAAA